UAUAUAAAGCAGCUCAAGUAAUUAGCAAGUGAAAGAGGAGCUAGGUAGCGACGUGUCUGUGUUUGAGAGGAUCAAAAUUUCAUAAUAUAGAGAUGGUUGAUAAUAUAGGAAACAAUAAUUCAUCAGCUGAUAGAGAAGGGUUUAAGUACAAUUUCACAGGUGGUAGUAGUAAUGUCUCUAGUGAUUAUCACCACCAUCUUCAUAAUCAAGAGGGGGUCAUCAAGGAACAAGAUCGGUUGCUUCCAAUUGCUAAUGUUGGGCGGAUCAUGAAGCAGAUUUUGCCCCCCAAUGCAAAAAUCUCGAAAGAAGCCAAAGAAACCAUGCAAGAAUGUGUUUCUGAGUUCAUAAGUUUUGUGACUGGAGAAGCAUCUGACAAGUGCCACAAAGAGAAGCGCAAGACAGUGAAUGGGGAUGACAUUUGCUGGGCUCUGGCAACUCUUGGAUUCGAUGAUUACGCGGAACCGCUGAAGAGGUACUUGCAUAGGUACAGAGAAUUGGAAGGAGAGAAGGCUGCUCACCAAGGUAAGGCUAAUAGUAAUGAGGAAAAAGCUGAAGUUUCACCACCAAGGACAAGAUUUCCUACAGCGGCAGCAGAUAUGUCUAAUCCUCCAUAUAUGGAAAGGGGAAAUAGCUCGCUCUCCCGGCGAUUUUGAGUACUGAUCAUAUGAAUUAUGCGAGGUAAUUAAUAUACUUUUCAAGUAAUUAGUACUACUAGAUCUUAAUUAAAUUUCAUGUGUUGAAGGUACUGACCAUAUAAAAUUAAGUGGGGAGGUUUAAUUUUAGGCUUUUGGAUUUUGUUAUCAUGUGUGCUCAUAAAGUCUUGGGUUCCUUCUUUGGUUGACUGUAAUUAGCUCAAGAAUGAUGAGAAAUUGGAGUUAAUCCAUUGACUUAUUUGUCUUUUAAUUCAAAUAUAUAUAUGAAGGUUUUUAUAGCGAAUUCA